CACUGAACCAAUAAGACUCUCUCAGAGCAUACACAAACACUGCAAGUCUAAAAGCCAGACUUUGUUUCCAGUCAAGCAUGGAUUUAAUGGAAUUGUUCUUCAUUACUCUUGGGACCGCAGUCAUUGUCUGCUACGGAGUGAAACUUCUGCUUUUCAGUAGGAUGCUUUUUCCCAAAAUUUGGUUUCCACUUCCAAACUAUUUUUUCACUUCCAUGGGAGAGUGGGCAGUGGUGACGGGUGCUUCAGAGGGAAUAGGAAGAGCAUACGCAUUGGCGCUGGCUGAGCAAGGAAUGAACGUUGUCAUCAUGAGCAGGACAAAAGCAGCAUUGGAGCAUGUGGCAAAGGAAAUAGUUGCUACAACAGGGAAAAGAGUAAAAGUGAUAGUAACAGACUUAAUGGAGGACGUCUUCAGUGAAAUUGAGGAUCAGCUUUGGGGCCUAAACAUUGGGAUUUUAGUCAAUAAUGUAGGCAUGCUGCCCAGCUUCAUUCCCUGCAAAUUCCUUGAGUGUGCAGAGCUGGACCAGACAAUAACAAAGGUGAUAAACUGCAAUGUGAAAUCUAUGGCCAAGAUGUGCAAAAUAAUCCUUCCAGGCAUGGAGAACAGGGGAAAAGGGGUAAUCAUAAAUAUUUCAUCAGGAAUUGCCUCCAUUCCGUUCCCCCUCUACACCCUGUAUGCUGCGUCCAAGGUGUUUGUGGAAAGAUUUUCCCAAGGUCUCCAAGCUGAAUACAGAGAUAAAGGGAUUAUAAUACAGACAGUUGCUCCAUUUGGGGUUUCCACUCGAAUGGCAGAUUAUCAAAAGACCAACAUGGUGACUCUGUCACCAGACGACUUUGUGAAGAGAUCCCUGCAGUACCUCAGAGCGGGGGACAAAACAUACGGCAGUGUCUGCCACACAUUUCUGGGCUGGUUACUGCUGUCUAUUCCAUUCAAGAUUCUCUAUGCAGAGUGUGUGCUAGUCAGCCUACAAGACUACGUCAAGAAGCGAACACAAAAGGCAUCUGUGUCUGCGUCGAGUGCAUCUUCAGAAAAGGGGAGGAAAAGAUAACCAGCAAGCAAACAUUUCACCCUUUAAAUCCAAUUAUAUAAUUAUGGAACAGGUGUUGAUACGCCUUUGUGUUCUAUUCCUCAUUUAAAUAUAAUGGUAAAUAUUUUAUCUGAUGAGAAUAAAAUGAUUAUAAAAUGAUUGUGAUUAGCAGCGACUGUACUUUUUGUUUUUAUUUUUGGUGGAUGUUGGAUUUUAAUCCACAGUCAAGAACCUUUAUUAAUGAUGUUAUUUUCCCCAGUCCAUGAUACUAGCAGGGAUUUCUUUAUCGUUGCUUAUUCCAAAUAUGUCUUCACAUGCUCAGUGUCCAGUUACAGUUGCACAAUCGAAUGAGAUGCAAUGCAGCUGUGUAUGCCAUAAGAGGUGUUUAUUAAAAUUAAAUGUUUCA